GCAGAUCAGGACCAGAUGAGCGGAGGGAGGUUGCUGUGAAGAUCAGAGUCGCCCCAGCCCUGCCCCAGGAAGUAGCCCAGCAGCGCUGCAUCUCCGGCUGUCAUCGCUACGGACCUGGAAAAGAAAGGAGAAGAGAAGAAAAAUGUCCCAUGCUUUAAAGCAAGUGUUCAAUAAAGACAAAACCUUCCGGCCCAAGCGCAAGUUUGAGCCAGGGACUCAGCGGUUUGAGCUGCACAAGAAGGCUCAAGCCUCGCUCAACGCUGGCCUGGACUUGAAAGUUGCGGUCCAGCUGCCGCCAGGAGAGGAGCAGAACGACUGGGUGGCCGUGCACGUGGUGGACUUCUUCAACCGCAUCAACCUGAUCUACGGCACCAUCAGUGACUAUUGCACGGAGCAGUCCUGCCCCGUCAUGUCGGGGGGGCCCAAGUAUGAGUACCGGUGGCAGGAUGAGCACAAGUACCGAAAACCCACGGCCCUGUCGGCUCCCCAGUACAUGAACCUCCUGAUGGACUGGAUUGAGGUACAGAUCAACAACGAGGACAUCUUUCCCACUAAUGUCGGUACUCCCUUCCCCAAAAACUUCCUCCCGGUGGUGAAGAAGAUCCUCUCCAGGCUUUUCCGGGUCUUUGUCCACGUCUACAUCCACCAUUUCGACAGGAUCACCCAGAUGGGCUCGGAAGCCCACGUCAACACCUGCUACAAGCACUUUUACUACUUCGUGAAAGAGUUCAAUCUCAUAGACACCAAGGAGCUGGAACCACUGAAGGAAAUGACCUCCCGGAUGUGCCACUGA